UGCAGGCUCUUCCACUGAAGACCUUCAAUCUGAGGUUUUUUUUGCCAUGGCUGCCAUGAGACUCUUGCUGCUCUUCUGUCUUGUCUUGGCGAGCGUCUCUUCUGUGAGAAAACUUAACAAUAUUGACGAACUGAAAAACAUCACGUAUGCCAAGUCUGCUCCACGUCAUGGGCUCCAGCUGCUGUUCUGGUUUGCCCAAAAAGUUCUGAAUGUUGACCAGAACAACAAUCUCAUCCUUGAUUCAAAUUUUGAUCCCACUAGAGACGACUUCGGAUUCCACAAGUAUGAAAAUAUCGAGCAUAUUCUCCCCUCAUUGGCUUCAUGGGAGAGUUACUAUUCAGUCGGCAAUUUAAAAUCUCCCGCAGCUAAUGCAUUACCAGCAUAUGUCCGAAAGUAUUACAGAAACACCAAUGUGCCUGAAAGAAACAUGGACCGACUCAUCGUCUCUGUGAAACAAAAUAAACCAAACAAGAUUCUCAAGGUGUUUAUUACGGCUCAUAACCUUCACAAGAGUGAUUUUAAUCCUUCUGACACUUAUGAGAUUGACCCUGCACUGCUCUUGCAGAUCAGAGACCCUCAUAACUGCACUCUAGACGAGAACAAUAAAUAUGAUAUUUACUCAAUACCACGUGAUACAGAAGACGUAGUCUAUAACAGAUGUCUUCAGUUUCUGAAAGAGGCAGGAUACAGCACCAGUGACUGUAAAUACAGUCAGAUCAGUCACCGAAAGAAACGCUCACCAUAUUUGCAAUGCAAUACAUAUGAAGGAAUCAAGCUAGACAUAAAAGCAACCGCAGAAGGUACCACAAAACUCAUAUGGGAGAUUCCUACAAAUAUAAUGGAAAACUCAAAGUAUGUGCACAUUGAAAUUUGCCAGAACAUUUAUUCCAGUGAAACGAAUGAAGUUCAUACACAUGUCAAGAAACGGUUUAAUAUUUACGAGUCUUCUGGGGCUUUAGAAACUCCUGUACUUCUGAAUAAUGGUCUCCAACCUCGAUUGCGACUGUACCCAUCCCUUUUUGAUUUUCAGUUUACCAACCCUUAUAUCUGGUAUGGCCCAGAGUUUAAUCAAGCUAACGGAUUGUUGCCCACAGUUAUAAAGGGGUAUGACGCAAGUCUACAGCUCCACGUUAUAGACGGAAAAGCCUACGCUCGACUCUACAUCAAGAAAACCUUCAGGAACUGGAUGUCUGCAUUUACUAAAUCAUGGGUGGGCUUUUACAAGAGUUCACUAGAUAACAAUGAUGACUAUUUAGCAUACCAAUAUGCUGACAGGUUUUCAAAGAUUGAAAACUACAUUGUACACAAAUAUGAUAUUUACCAGUACACUUCCAAUUUGCCCAUUGCUCCAGGACUUCAAAUUCGCUUUAUGCUGGAUAAAAAAUACGAUAAAGUUUUAGCACAAACUACUCCCUGGGAGGGCGUUGAAACCCUGACAAUGUUGCCAUCAGAUUGCGCCGCAAUAAAUCCUGAUCUUCUGCCUGAACUGUUAUCAAAUGGUCGCGAGCUAUUCUAUGGUCCAGGUUUGGAUGAUGCUGGUCUGCAGCUCUUUAGCAAAGACAGUAAAGCUUGUGCUCGGCUUUUUAUCAAGAAGACUUUCGCAAACUGGAAAGACGCCUUCUACUACUCAUGGGUGGGGUUUUACACGAGUUCAAAAGAUAAAAAGGAUGAGUAUCAAACAUAUCAGUAUGUCACAAAAUUUGAAAAGAUAGAGGAAGAUGAUGAGAGUUAUGAUGUUUACGAGUACAAAUCCAGCCUGGACAUUGUUCCAGGAGUGCAAAUCCGUUUCAUGUUGGACAAAAGUUCUGAAAAAGUAUUAGUGCAAACUAAACCAUGGAAAAGUGGUUAAAACAUGGUUGUAACAAUGCUUAAAGCUGGAGAAUGUUUCACAUUUGACUUCAAUUUUUCUGAGAAUUUACAUAUAUACAUUAACAUCAGUUACAUCUGUUAAGAAUGAUAAUUCAUACAUUGUUCAGAACAUGUUAAUCACAGAUCACUGAAAUACUUGUCAUUAACAUUACAACUAUUUCAGAUAGAAAAGAUCAGUUUUGAUAACCUACUAAUUUCAAUUUCAUUAUAAAAUAUACUGUUUGUUGUAUACUUCUUGUUGUAUAACUUCUAUUAAAAUGCAUCAGAUGAAA